UCUUUCUCUCUUAUUCUUUAAUUCUCCCACGCUUACACUACUGGGUUGUACUACACGGAAAGGGGGUAAAUUCGUGCGUGGAAGAAAAAAAAAAAAGAAAAGAAAAGAAAAGAAAAGAAGAGAAAAAGAAAAAAAGAAAAAAAAUACAAAAAGAAAAACACGCGCGAGUUAGUAAUAGAGCACUGUCGGUCGUCAGUCAGUUAGAAAAAGGGGAUCAUCAUUGACGUGAAGAAUUCGACAUGAGACAACGACAUGCCGGCAAAAACUAUAACGAUUGAUACAACGAUAAAGUUAAAUAAAUUUGUCGAAAAAUUAAAAGGGUGCUGUUGUUGGUGGUGUUGGUGGUGGUGGUGUUUUUCUGAAUUCAUUCUUGUCGAACAACAAAAUAACAUAAUUGUUCGUUCUUGAUAAUAGAAGAAAUUAAUUAUAAUAAAAAAAAAGUUGUUCAAAAUGAACAUCCGGAGAUUGCCCGGUUUCUUCUAUCACUACAAGAUGCUAGGUGGUCUCCUAGUAUCAGCAUUCCUAUUUGUCAUCUAUCUUCUAUUUCACUGGGGUAUAAUGUGCACGAAUUUAGAAGCUUGGCGACACGUUAUCAGCGUGUGCAGAACACACAACGAUGGCACGGCUAUGGGAAUUUUAUGUCAACCGCUUUGCACCGAAAAAGGCAUACAUUCUUUGGCAUGUGAAACAUUGCAUACCGGCAAGGAAGCAGUAUUUUCUGCACAUUGGGAAGCUACAAGACUCGUAUUUAAAGCUUACAGAACUAAAACUACCUCGGAAGAAUACGAGUCAUUAUUUUGGAUCGACGCGUUCGAUGCCAAACAUUUUCCCACGGAAGAAGAUUUCGGUAUUAUGAUAAAGGAUCUAGUUGCUAAUAAAUUAAAUUACACGGUUACUACGCAACAAAUGCAAAGACUAGCGCGUUUGAGAACACACAAGAUCGAGGUUGAUACCAAGAGACGUCAAUUAGAAAUGGAAAACGUUUGGCCACUUUUACAGGAAAACGAAUAUCUGAUAACGAUAUUAUUCGAAGAUCAUGACGUUUUUCCACAAUUAAUCGGCACCUGUGGAACAUUUUAUGCCGUUGAAUACGUAAGACCUAUAGAAACACCUACGACGGCAUUGGCACUAUCCGACUCUAAACCAGAAUGGGCCAAGAGAUUGAAGCUAGCCGUCAUGAUCAUGGAUCUCUUGGAAGAACUUGAGACGAAUUUUCCCGAACCAUUUUAUCUAUGCGACGUCAAGAUAAAUCAUUUCGGAUUACCACUCGGUGGACAAAAGCUCAAGUUUCUUGAUUUGGACGCGGUAUUUCCUAAAACCAUUAUCGGACGCAUCACCGCCGACGGGAAGACCUGCAAGAGACACGAGGAUUGUGAUUUUUUCGAUUGCAGAUCUUUAUGCUCGAAAAAUCAACGAUGCGAAUCACCAGUUGUUAAUAAUAAUCUACAGAUCAUAUGCGAGAAAAUUUUUCUCGGUUGGACACUCUCAGGAACUAUCAUUCUACCUGGUUUAUUGAUGUCAGAACAUACCACUAGUUCACUCGCUGUUCUUUUAAGACAGUGUGCUAAUCCAGCCGGGGAUACUGCUCAUUUGCCACGUGCAUCUGUUCCGGAUAAUUUGAAGACACGAUUGUACAAUACUUUGAGCGAUAUGGAACAAGAUGUAUCCGCUUCCUUGUGAAGGACAAUUAACAAUAAGGUGUCCCCUGUUAAAUAAUAAGCCACGCACAUUACUUUACCUCUCCCCUAGCAUUCACCACCACCCCCAUUUAUUUUCUAAUGUAGAAACAUUGUUGAUAAUAUAUAUAUAUAUAUAUGAUGGCGACGAUAAAUUGUUAUUCGAUAAAGAACAACAAGAAAAAAUGAAUAUAUUUAAUAUAGAUAUUUACGUGCGUAGAUUAUCGCGUAACUAUUUCUAUCUAACAUAUUGAAAUGUACCAAAUAUUUUUCAGGUCUAUUAUGUAGAACGUUUAUUGACCCUUGCGGAAGGAAGAGUUUGAUCUUAUAAAAAUAUUACCUAACUAACGUUCUAAGAUAUAAUCUUUUAUUUAUUCUCUAUUUCUUUAUUUUCACUCAAUCAUUCUCUUUCCUUCUUGUUACGUAUUUCAACUAUUUUGUAGGGGGGCCUAACAAAACUUAACAAAGAAACAUCACGAAUUUUGUAUUUGUCCUUUUGUUACCUUGAACAGGUUUUGUUGGUAUCAUAUUCGUGGAAACUUUAAAAUAAAAAUAUUCUUUUAUCUCUCAUAUAUAUAUAAACGUAUUAAACUUUCCAACAAUGAGCAACAGAGAAUGAUUGACACUUAAAUGUAAUCUAGUUUUUCUGGUCCUCUUAUAUUAUACUUGGGUUAAUAAACUUUAUCGGGCAGAAAAAUAAUGUAUCGUUAAUCUUAAAAGUAAUUCUCAUAAGGGUGUGGGCCAGGGAUGGUAUGAGGGGUGUAAUUGUAGAAAAUCUUUCAAUUGAAAUCUACAAGUAUGAAAAUACACACGGCACUAAUUCUAAAUAAUUUAUAAUACUAUUUGGAGGACCACAUCAAAAAACGUUACUUAUAAAAACGUUUCCUUCCUCUAUUUUUCUUCAAAUAAUAAUAUAAUUAAAUACCUGUUUCU